AUGUCCUCUGUGUUGCAGAAGCGUCGUGGGGCAAAGUCCUCCACACCAACUACGACAGGAAGGUCAAACUCUUUCGACGAGGACGAUGUGUCAAGAGACAGAACGCCCGACCACAAGAUUGGGGUCGACAGUAAGGAUAUUGCUGACCGUCACGCGUUGAAAGUGCCUUUUUUAACGCUCAUGGAGGAAGUUUUGUUGAUGGGGCUCAAGGAUAAGGAAGGCUACUUAUCUUUUUGGAAUGACAACAUAUCCUACGCUCUUCGUGGGUGUAUCUUGUUGGAAUUGACGUUCAGAGGUAAAAUCACGUUGGUCAAUGACCCGGCAAGGCGUAGAUUUGAGCUAAGUGAUCGCUUGGUCGAGGUUGUGGACACCGAUCCCACGGGCGAGGUGUUGUUGGACGAGGCACUCAAAAUCAUGAAAAACGACGAAGGGCAUUUGUCUGUAUCUAACUGGAUCGAUUUGUUAUCCGGCGAAACUUGGAACUUGAUGAAAAUUUCCUACCAAUUGAAGCAGGUGAGAGAGAGACUAGCCAAGGGUUUGGUCGACAAAGGUGUGUUGAGGACAGAACGCAAGAACUUUUUCUUAUUUGAUAUGGCUACUCACCCUGUAGCUGACAAAAUGUCGAAGGAAUAUAUCAGAAACAGAGUUUUGAAUAUAUUAACCCAGAAAACAGUGGACUUGGAUUCCUUGAGCAAUGACCACUUUCCUGCUGAUACCUCGUUGCGGUACUUAAGGACAAUAGCUUUGGUAUGCGGUGCUUACGCUGCCAAUGUCUUGGAAAAUGUGUUGAUGUCUUUGAACUACGACAAGAGGGACCAGGCUUUUGCCCGCGCUGACGAGUUGUUGAACGACUAUAGCGAAUAUCCAUUCCACCUCAAGGGUACCCCUAGUCCAUUGGGCAUCAGCACAAACUUGCCUGCUGAGGUGAACAAAGAAAUUGAGCAAAGCUCGGCUACUGAAUUGCAGUUGGAAUUGGUGGCAGCUGUGUUGAGUGUUUUCGCAAGGAUGGACUCCAUCUUGUGA